AUGGCUUUCGUACGUCCACGGGUGGCAGAGGGACGCAUGUACAUCUUCGGCCGCAGCGUGCUGCAGAGCCCACAUUCACAAUCUGUGUUCGGCGAGAUCGACGACUUUCAGGGCGAGCUACCGAUGGUCAUAAACGUGAACCACGGAGCGCGGCCGGCCAAGUAUUUCUUCACUGUGACUGGGGACCUCAGAUCUUGUGAUCAGGUUUACUCGGAUCUUGGCCACACUGGUCGCCUGCUCUUUUCUGCUCGAUUGGGUGUUUCCUGGGCCCAGCCGCAUUCCUCCUGCAGCGAGGCGCGCGUGCACGAUGUCUGGCAGUGCCUGUCAGAGGCUGCCUGGGACCUGUUCCUGGACCCUGCCUACUUUGGCAUGGACUUCGCGGAUAUCCCGGCUUUGAGGGGAGGUCCGCCACUUCUUUGCAGUGCUGCACCUGACAUCCUGGACGAGGACGGCCGUGCACGCCUGGCCCGCGUCUUCGCGAGGCAGUUCCAGGCAGAGGUGCUGCUGCCGAAGGUACAUGCUUCCCUGACGGAAGAUGCCAGAGCGGCUUUGGGUGUGCUCUUCGAGAAGUACCGGGAGGAGCUGCAUGUGCCAGAGCCGACGCUCGAGCUCCACUGCUGGCCUAGCGAGACCGUCGACAUCAGUCGCUUCUCUCGCUUUCUAGCGUGGCUUGGCGUCGUGAGGUGGACCGAGCAGUUGCUGAAUGAGCUAGCCUUGGCCCCGCGGGUGGACACCUGUCCCAUCUGCUACGAGGAGAAGCUUGAUGUGGAAUGCCUGGAGCAUUGGAGUCCGAAGGGGGAUGUGUCAGAGCAUCGGAUGUGCGGAAGUUGCAGGCUCGAAUAUGGACAGAGCCAGUGCCCAUUUUGCAAGGAGUACCUCUUGAAGGAGGAGCUGAUCGACUUCAUUGACAAGUUUGGAGCCACCAUCCGCGAGGACGGCCGGUACGACCCGUUUGAAGUGUCCAUGGCGCUGGAAGAGUGGCAGAUCCACGAGAUGGAGUUCGAGGCACAGCCCUCAGUGAUGAGACGAGCAGCGCGCUUGCUCAUGGAGGAUCGAGCCUUUCGGGAACGGCUAAAAGCCACGGUGGCCGCGCAGCGGCGUUCCUGGCUCAGUGCUGCCUCAGGACCGAUGUUCCGCUUCUGGGGCUUCGACCAGGUGAAGCCCCUCUGCUCGGGCGGGGAGGUCUCCAAGGUGCUCAAGGAUGCUGUGGAGCUGCUUUUGGAUCCCUUGGAACGGGCCGGGGCCGGCGAGGUGGAUCAGUCUCCGGGCUUCGUCUAUUCACAGGCCGGCUCGGCGAUCUGA